AUGGCGACUCCAAGACGAGCUCCGUUGAGAAGAGGCACAAUGGCAGCAAGCAAUCGAAACAUCGCCAUCGACGGGAAAAUGGCGACGGCGAAAGUCCCACCGGAGGAGGCGGCGGCGGCGACGACGGUGAAUUGGAAAAUUUCAUUGCACUAGCACCGGACGAAGCGGAUAUUUAUAACUUUUCCAACAAUCUCAUCAACUCGGUGGAUAAUGCUGCUGGUGGUGGAGGCCGUGGCGGUGGAUCCGAGAAUGCAAAUGAACUGAAUCCGUUUAAUGAAUUUCUUAAUCCUCGGCACUCGUCGCACCAGCAGCAGCAACAGCAUCGACGGAUGCAGGGAAAGCAACAGCUGCCGGAAGAUCCUUGGGGUUUGGAUCUGGACGAGCAGUUGCCACCCCCGGAGGAAGCUCAGCCAGAGGAGGAGGAGGCGGAUAACGAGGUGGAAAAGAGCAAAUAUCUGCCGAGUGGUUCCAGUCUUGAGCCAGUGAACCGAAGCCAACAGCCGGCUGGUGGGAGUCCACUGAUGGCAAGCAGUAUCGAUUUCCUCAACUCCAUCGACGGUGGCUAUCUGCUGUCGAACGGGAUUAUCGACGAGAAAGGCACCAAAUUGAUAGAUGAUAGUGGCCUGUCGACGUUGAAACCGGAUGGUACCGGAAAUGAUGACGGGGUUGACGGAGGUGGAGGGGAAGAUGUAAGCAAUGAUGACAUUUUCGAACAGAUGCAGAAGAAAGCCAAAUCCUAUCGGUUGAAACUGUACAAGAAGCACAAAAACUUCAAGCACAGCCAUCACCAUCGAGGCGGAUACUACCAUCCGAUGUAUCAGCAUCAUCACCAUCACUACUCUCGGCAAAAAAUGCUCGAACGGGAACGUGAUCGUUGGAAGCAAAUACAAGAGCCACCGAUGACCAAGGUAACCAACCAAGGCCAGGUUCGAUACUAUCAAAGCACCAACAAACUGGAGACAAAAGAAGACAUUAAGGCACAUCUCGAUGGCCACUCCACCAGCCGCGAGCAGUGGCCCUAUUUCGAUAAGGUUAUAAACUCCCUGAACAAGGACCAACAGCAGGACCAUGUGCCACCGUUCAUAAAGAAGUACAAUCGUCGGACUCAGCAGUUGAUUGAUUUGUUGGAGGGAACCAUUGCUCCGAUGUCGGAGUACGGCCAACGUCAUCACGAAAGGAAGUAUAACCGAAGGAAAAAUCCCCUGGAAGACCUCUUUGAAGAACAGCGCCCCAGCCCGAAUAAUCUUGGACUGCAGCGGAACUACAUCCAGGAAACGAUACAAUCUUCAACCGCACACUCGAAUUCACUUCCGGGCGAAGGAAUCCACAUCAUCUACGACAAGAAGCACAUGGAUGAUGGCCAUGCCUACGGGCAUCCGACAAUGGCUGCCGAUCAUCCCUACAAACUUUCCUCCCGAGCUGGCCAGUUCGUUUACCACCGGGUGGCUUCCCCACAGCCCGUGGGAAACGGAUACGGUCGCUUAAAGCGCCAGCGACUUCCAUUCGUGGCGAUAACCGAUCGCCGCCUGGGAUCCCCUCCGAAGCGUCGCCCCAACAACAGCAUCUCCAGCAGCAGCAGCAACAGCAACUCCGGCAGCAACAAUCUACUGAAUCACCAACCGAUGCCUUAAGCUAAGCACACACACACACACACACUCUGACACAAACAUGAACACCACUCUAUGAAAUCUCGAUGAAAACAAAAACACACAACACUCUCUGCGGUCCCGGCUCGGCGCCGGGAUACGCGUUCAAGGCAGCUGCUCCUUUCUAGAAACCUCGCUUUCUAGAAAAGACACAUACACUUUUCGUUUUGUGUUUCUUUCCAUUGCUACGGCAAUUUUCUUGCGAGAUAUAAUGAAACUAAACUAAUGACACAGCAGAAGAAAAAAAAACACUCACCCCCGGGAGCUGUCCUCCGCUUGUUGAUUCGCCGCCACUGCCACCACCGUCACAAAAGCCACGCACUCGUCUCUGCCUAUCGAACAGUGCUUGAUUACACUCAUCCACCUCGAUGUGGCACUUCCGAAAAUUGCCGAUUGCAAAAGAAAAUCUCCACAACAAUAGGUACCUACAAGUGUCACUUUUCUUCCUCCUGGCACCAAAGCGAGAUCGGAUUCACUUUUCCUCCCUGCCCCUGCUGCGAUCGACGAGACUUGCUUUGUUCGAUUUGACGAGCGCCCUUUGAC